AAGAUUACAGGUGCAAUCAAUCAGGCUGAACAGGAGCAGAUUUGUGUCGAAAUCAGUCAUAAAAUCAGAUUUAAUACAAGACAACUCAGAUCAUUUAUAAGCCUGAACUAGAGGAGGAGAAACGCCCAGGAGGUGCAGACUGAGACGGGUCCAAUGCUGCCACCCAAGCACGCUGCGCAGUAAUGCGCCAGGAAACACGGGUGGUGCGCAGAUCCUCCGCCAGAGGGCGCACUAGCACCACCUCUCCCUCUCCCCGUCUCUCUCUUCUCAGUCUGUAGCAGGGGAUGCCGGAGUCUGACUGCAGCUCUACUCUUCUCAUUCAUGCUGAGCGCGGCUCUCCUGUGCGCACGGAUCUGCAGAGCUGCGCAUUGGAACCGGUGCUGCAGCUGCUGUCUGACGAGCUAAACGGGAAUGUUUGCUGCUGCGACUCUACGAUCCUGAAGAAAACAUUUCUUUAAAAUAAAAAAAAAAUCAUGCCAAGCGGGUCCAAUUCAAGCGGCUUAAUCAGGCUGGUGACGGACCAAGACAUGAGGAUAUAAACUCGACAAGAGAAGGAACCAGAAGUGAAAGCUGAUUGUUUAGAAGCCAUUUUUAUUUCUGUCCCCUGCUGUCUAAUGAGGAACUGACUGACCCGUUCACGGAUUACGCACACAAAACCACUAACACCCACCCAGUCUCCUCGCCAUCAUGUCCCCUCGCCUUAAUCCACCCCUUCUUCCCAUUCUCUUCCUUCUCCUCUUCCUUUCCAAGACUUCCACAUCUACCACUCCUCCCUCGUUUCUUUCCUUCUCACCACCAGAAGGAGGCCUCACACAUUUGGUGGUGCACAAUAAGACUGGGGAGGUCUAUCUGGGUGCUGUGAACUGGAUCUACAAGCUAUCCAGCGAGCUCACCAAGCUGCGGAGCCACGUGACCGGUCCUGUUACGGACAAUCCUCGUUGUUACCCUCCGCCCGGUGUCCAGUCCUGCCCACACGAGCUGGUUCAGACUUCUAAUAUCAACAAACUUCUGCUGCUCGAUGCUGCUCACAACCGUUUGAUUGCAUGUGGGAGUACCUCCCAGGGAAUCUGCCAGUUCCUGCGUCUGGAUGAUUUAUUUAAGCUUGGUGAGCCGCACCACCGUAAGGAGCACUAUCUAUCCAGCGUGGCCGAGGCGGGCACCAUGACCGGUGUGGUGAUCUCCCCUGAUAUUUUUGGUGGGGGUGGCAAACUUUUUGUCGGCACCCCCAUCGACGGGAAAUCGGAGUACUUCCCGACGCUGUCAAGUCGCAAGCUAAUGUCUAAUGAGGAGAACGCUGACAUGUUUAGCUUUGUGUACCAGGAUGAGUUUGUGUCUUCUCAGCUGAAAAUCCCUUCAGACACGCUCUCUAAAUUCCCAGCAUUUGACAUCUACUACAUCUAUGGUUUCAACAGCGAGCAGUUUGUGUAUUAUCUCACCUUACAGCUCGACACCCAGCUCACUUCGCCAGAUGCGAGCAGCGAACAGUUCUUUACCUCUAAGAUUGUCCGCCUGUGUGUUGAUGACCCCAAGUUUUAUUCUUAUGUUGAAUUCCCCAUUGGCUGCACCAAGGACGGGGUGGAAUACCGCUUAGUCCAGGAUGCUUUUUUGGCCCGUCCUGGAGCCCGUUUGGCUCGUUCGCUUGGUAUUCGAGAGCACGAGGAGGUUUUAUUCACUGUAUUUGCCCAAGGUCAGAAGAACAGAGCCAAGCCGCCCAAGGAGUCAGCUUUGUGUUUGUUCACAAUGAGGCAGAUAAAGGAGAAGAUUAAAGAGAGGAUUCAGUCGUGCUACAAAGGAGAGGGAAAACUCUCCCUGCCCUGGCUGCUCAACAAGGAGCUGGGCUGCAUCAACUCGCCGCUGCAGAUCGACGAUAACUUCUGCGGCCAGGACUUCAACCAGCCACUAGGAGGUACAAAAGCCAUUGAGGGCGUCCCGCUUUACGUGGACAAGGAUGAUGGAAUGACUUCUAUAGCGGCGUAUGACUACAGAGGCAACACUGUGGCAUUCACUGGCACUCGCAGUGGGCGCAUAAAAAAGAUCCUGGUGAACUCCAUUUCCCAGCCUGCCUUGUUGUACGAGAGUGUGGCGGUGAGCGACGGGAAUCCCAUCCUGAGAGACCUGCUCUUCAGUCCAGAUCACCAAUUCUUAUACACCCUAACUGAUAAACAGGUCACACGUGUUCCAGUGGAGAGUUGUGAGCAGUACCCUUCCUGUGGAGAUUGUCUGGGAUCAGGAGACCCUCACUGUGGCUGGUGUGUACUGCAUAAUGUAUGUUCGAGGAGGGAUCGCUGUGAACGAGCAGAGGAGCCUCAGCGUUUCACCACCCGAGUGGAGCAGUGCGUCCAUCUUUCUGUCCAUCCAGAGACGAUCUCUGUUACCAUGUCGGAAGUUCAGUUGGUGCUUCAGGCGCAGAACGUGCCGAGUCUGUCUGCAGGAGUGAACUGCUCCUUCGAGGACUACGUGGAGACGGAGGCGCGCAUCUACAGCGGACGGAUAUUCUGCCUGUCUCCCACUACAAAAGACAUCGCUCCCAUCACGCGAGACCAAGGUGACCAGCGUGUAAUCACUUUAUAUCUGAAGUCUAAAGAAACGGGGAAGAAGUUUGCCAGCGUUUUGUUUGUCUUCUACAACUGCAGUGUCCACCAAUCGUGCCUGUCCUGUGUUAACGCCAACUUCCCCUGCCACUGGUGCAAGUAUCGUCACAUGUGCACACAAGAUGCCAGCGACUGCUCCUUCCAGGAGGGACGAGUCAACACUUCACAGGAGUGUCCUCAGAUCCUGCCCUCCACCCAGAUUUAUAUUCCUGCCGGAGUAAUGAGGCCGGUCACUUUGCUGGCUCAGAACCUGCCGCAGCCUCAGUCCGGACAGAGAAACUACGAGUGCAUCUUCCACAUCCAGGGAAACUCGCACAGCGUCCCCGCUCUGAGGUUCAACAGCUCCAGCAUACAGUGUCAGAAGACCACGUACGACUACGAGGGCAGCGAUAUCAGUGACCUGCCGGUUGACCUCUCUGUGGUGUGGAAUGGAAACUUUGUCAUCGACAACCCUUUCAACAUUCAAGCCCACCUGUACAAGUGCAGGGCGUUGCGGGACAGCUGCGGGAUGUGCCUGAAAGCUGACCCCAGGUUUGACUGUGGAUGGUGCGUUCAAGACAAGAAGUGCUCCCUGAGGCAGGAGUGUACGGGAGGAGGGAAUUCCAACCUGCCGCCGCAGCUGGUUGAAGGUGGAGGGUGGAUGCAUGCCACAUCUGGAAACAGCAGGUGCACUCAUCCCAAGAUCACAAAGUUGUCCCCUGAGACGGGGCCUCGUCAGGGAGGAACCAGGGUGACCAUCCUGGGGGAGAACCUGGGUCUGCAGUUCAGAGAUAUCCAGAUGGGUGUCCGGUUGGGGAAGGUGCCCUGUGUCCCCGUCAAGGAGGAGUACGUUAGCGCAGAAAGGAUUGUGUGUCUGCUGAACGAUGCCACUGGCUACAGAGUCCAAGAAGCUCAGGUGGAGGUUUGUGUGAGGGACUGCGUCAACGACUAUAGAGCCCUGUCACCAAGGCCGUUCACCUUUGUGAGUCCAUACUUCACCCGUAUCCAGCCUUCUCAGGGUCCUAUCUCAGGCGGCACGCGGGUCACAAUUGAGGGAAGCUACCUCAAUGCAGGCAGCUAUGUGUCAGUUAGCAUCGGACCCCAACCCUGCCACUUCAAAAGUGGUGGGACUCCACUGACUGUGAGUGGGACCAACCUUGCAACCAUUCGAGAACCAAAGAUGAGAGCCAAGUAUGGGCAGGCAGAGUCCUUCCAUAACUGCACGGUGUACAACAACUCGGUGAUGGUCUGCCUCGCUCCUUCGGUGGCAGACUCAGAACUUGGCUUUUCUGAGACCGGCACCGGCCCGGAUGAAAUUGGUUUCUACAUGGACAAUGUGAAUGCUCUGGUGGUGGUCAAUGAGACGUUCAGCUACUACCCCGACCCCGUUUUUGAGCCACUGAGUCCAUCUGGCGUGCUGAAGCUCAAACCCACCUCUCCUCUCAUACUGAAGGGUCGUAACCUGAUCCCAGCGGCCCCAGGUAACAGUCGCCUGAACUACACGGUGCUGAUUGGAGAGACUCCCUGCAUCCUGACCCUGUCUGAGAGCCAGCUGUUGUGUGAAUGGCCCAACCUCACCGGACAACACAAAGUCACGAUCCGUGCCGGUGGAUUCGAGUACUCGCCUGGGACCCUUCAUGUCUACUCGGACAGCCUGUUAACUCUACCUGCCAUCAUCGGCAUCGGAGGCGGAGGUGGCCUACUCCUGUUGGUCAUCAUUGCCGUGCUGAUAGCUUACAAAAGGAAGUCCAGGGAUGCAGAUCGGACCCUGAAACGCCUGCAGCUGCAAAUGGACAACCUGGAGUCAAGAGUGGCCCUGGAGUGCAAAGAAGCCUUUGCAGAGCUUCAGACGGACAUCCACGAGCUGACCCAGGAGUUGGACGGAGCUGGAAUUCCCUUCCUGGAUUAUCGUACAUACGCAAUGAGAGUCUUAUUCCCUGGCAUCGAAGAUCACCCUGUACUCAAGGAGAUGGAGGUACGGGUCCAGGCAAACGUUGAGAAGGCCCUCACACUGUUUGGCCAGCUGCUGACCAAGAAGCACUUCUUGUUGACAUUCAUUCGAACACUUGAGGCUCAGAGGUCCUUUUCUAUGCGCGAUCGAGGAAACGUGGCAUCUCUCAUCAUGACAGCUCUGCAGGGGGAAAUGGAGUACGCCACGGGGGUCCUCAAACAACUGUUGUCUGACCUGAUUGACAGGAACCUGGAGAGUAAAAACCAUCCCAAACUGCUGUUACGGAGAACGGAGUCUGUUGCUGAAAAGAUGCUGACCAACUGGUUUACGUUUCUCUUGUACAAGUUCCUUAAGGAGUGUGCCGGGGAGCCUCUGUUCAUGCUGUACUGUGCCAUCAAGCAGCAGAUGGAGAAGGGACCCAUUGAUGCCAUCACAGGAGAAGCUCGCUACUCUCUCAGCGAAGACAAGCUCAUCAGACAACAGAUUGACUACAAAACGCUGACGCUGCAUUGUGUAAACCCCGAGAAUGAGAAUGCCCCAGAGGUGACGGUCAAGUGUCUGAACUGCGACACCAUCACUCAGGUCAAAGAGAAGCUGCUCGACGCCGUGUACAAAGGCAGCCCUUAUUCACAAAGACCGAAGGCUUCUGACAUGGACCUCGAGUGGCGUCAUGGUCGAAUGGCCAGAAUCAUUCUUCAGGAUGAAGAUGUCACAACUAAGAUUGACAAUGACUGGAAACGGCUCAACACACUGGCUCACUAUCAGGUAACGGAUGGCUCAGUGAUCGCCUUGGUGCCAAAGCAGAACUCUGCGUACAACAUCUCCAACUCCUCCACCUUCACAAAAAGCCUGAGCAGAUACGAGAGCAUGCUGCGGACAGCCAGCAGUCCGGAUAGCCUACGAUCCAGAACACCGAUGAUCACACCCGACCUGGAGAGUGGAACAAAACUGUGGCACCUGGUGAAGAACCACGACCACUCAGACCAGAGGGAAGGGGACAGAGGAAGCAAGAUGGUCUCUGAGAUCUACCUGACCAGGCUGCUGGCCACUAAAGGUACAUUACAGAAGUUUGUCGACGACUUGUUUGAAACUAUCUUCAGCACAGCUCACAGAGGCAGCGCACUGCCGCUGGCCAUCAAAUACAUGUUUGACUUCCUGGACGAACAAGCCGACAAACACUCCAUCACAGAUUAUGAUGUACGGCACACCUGGAAGAGCAACUGCCUUCCUCUGCGGUUUUGGGUGAACGUCAUCAAGAACCCACAGUUUGUGUUCGACAUUCAUAAAAACAGCAUCACGGACGCCUGCCUGUCAGUGGUGGCUCAGACCUUCAUGGACUCCUGUUCGACGUCCGAGCACAAACUGGGAAAAGACUCGCCUUCCAAUAAGCUUCUUUACGCUAAAGACAUCCCAAACUAUAAGAGCUGGGUAGAAAGAUAUUAUUCCGAUAUCUCCCGUAUGCCAGCAAUCAGUGAUCAGGACAUGAGUGCCUACUUAGCAGAGCAGUCCCGCCUGCACCUCAGCCAGUUCAACAGCAUGUCUGCUCUGCAUGAGAUCUACACCUACAUCAUCAAAUACAAAGACGAGCUCCUGUCGGCGCUACAGAAGGACGAGCAGUCGCGCAGACAGCGGCUACGGGGAAAGCUGGAGCAGGUCAUCGACACCAUGGCCCUGUCGAGCUGAGGACUGGCCAAUCGUGCACCUCAGCCCGGGCAGAACUGGCUUACCCACACACCUUCUCCUUACCCUUGAGACAUUUUGAUUCUCGACGUUUGAAGUCUGUUGUUAUCUCAUUCACACACACACACACACACACACACACACACACACACACACACACACACACACACACACACACACACACACACACACACACACACACUACAGCCUGCAGUAAACAAAAAGACUGCAAGGACACAAGCACCGAGCAGCAGCGGCACACUGAAGGAACAGCUGAGUUUGGAUCUACCGUCUCAUAAAUGUUGUUUUUUUAUUAUUAUUUCCUUUUCUUCUCUCUGAGCCAACAAAAUCAAACCAAUCACGAUCAACCCUCAGCCUCAGCUAACUGGUUCAGAAUUCCUGUUGCCGGAGGUGAAACUCUGUAGGAAAGGUGGUCGCGUCUUUCCACUGCCAAGCUGUAGUCGAGAUGGCGAGCCGGUGAGAAUCCAGGAUAAUUCAUCCCAACACGUGAUUCCUUUUCUGUGUCCUCCACGGGGAGGUCAAAGGUCAGGGCCAGCUGGUAGAGACUCGGUCGGCGACAUGAGGAAGACUGAAACUCCUCAUCCUGAUUUAACUCUCCUCCUCUCCAGAAGCACCGCUGGCGACUGACGGGGAACUUAUCCGGUUUCAUAACGUUGCUUUUUGAUUUGUCAUCUAAUCCUUUAAACUCCCAUACUCUCCCUAUCGCUGUGCCACUUGUGUUACUGCUGAAUUUGCACAACAAAGCUAAAUCAAAAGAGGAUAUAUGAUUCUAUAGAGAGAUAAAUAGAUAUAUAAAUACAACCCUUUGUUUUUAAAACAAAUGAAAAGUUGAAAAAUGUUUUCCAGUUCAAUGUACAAAAGAUCUUUCAGAAGUUCCUAGGUGAUAAAAAAAGGAUGAAAACACAAGAAAAAAGUUGUCUUGUGCCAUGUUUUACUUUGAAUGUUGUUUAGUGCAAAGAGACUUUCUUUUUUUUGUCAGAUGAAAUGUGCUAUUAUGAAAAUGUUGUCAUUCUUAGUGACUGAGAGUUUAAAAAAUGAUAAACGGCAGAAGUAUAUAUGUAAUACAGACACUUUCUACAUAACGUAUUUCGGCUCUGAAGAUUGUAAAAAGACAAAUAUGUCUAGAAGCCACCCAUGAGCCUCCCGACCUACAGUGCUUUUGUGUUUUGUUUUAGAGAAACCAAAUACUUCAAGGUCAGCUGUUUUAGACGAAACAAACGUUCGUUGUGCCCGCGGACACUGAGGUGUUCCACGUAAGCAGAUCUCUGGCACGCUGUGCUGUUUAGCUUCUUGGUCUCGUUUUCUAGACCCUCCCCCUUUCCUCGUCUGAAACACGUUUAUGAAACAUAUCCUCGGAUACGAAGGUUAGUUUUGCUAAAUCAGGUGAAAGUGAAUCGACUUCGUCAGUGUCUGCAGUAAAGCCUGUGAAGCUAAAGGGCCCAUUUAAAAAAAAAUGUGAAUGUGUUUUUUUAAAUUUAAAGUGUAGCUUGAAAUAUGUGUUUUUGUACAAGUUGAAGGUCUUUCCUCUUUUUUGUUGUUUUUGCUUAUUUUCUGUAGUUUUAUAAGGGUGGGGGGGAAAAAAAGACGUUUUUCUUGCACAGUGGAGGACGUUAACUUUCCGUGCUUUGAAAAUCAUAGAUUGGUUAAAAUUUCAUUUCAUGCACAAAUUAUUUCAGAAAUCUGGGAAAAUUAGAGGAAAAAAGUUGAUAUGAUACAAAUCAAGGUAAACUUUUAGAAACUAAACCUUCCGAUGAAAACUCAUCCUCCAAUACAGAACAUCGAAAUGUUCAAAUCAACUAAAGCUGCAAAGGCAAAUCUACAAACAGGCUAGCUUAAACUGUUUUUAACAUUUAAUAAGUCAUAACAACAUUCCCACAUAGUAUAGCUUAAAUUUUUUUGUAGAGACAAAAAAAUAAAAAAGCAUACUUUUUUUUCUCUCUCACAUUUUUCUAAAAUUACCAAUUGCCAAUAACCAGGCUUGGACCAAAAGCAAACAUUGGUUGUUGUUCUCUCAAUGAACCGCCACACUUCCUCAGUAACCAGGGUCCUCCAUUCUUUACGAUUUGUGCAUUUAGCAACAGAACACCACUGGUGUGAGAGGUUCUCUUCUCAAUAAUAUCAGACAAGGAGAAACAGCCUGCUGCUACCACUUCAGCUUUAGGGAGAAACAGCCGGCUGCUACCACUUCAGCUUUAGGACAAACUACCAGAGUCCCAAAAAGAAAAUCACCAUUUGAAUUCACAGACAACAAAAGACGUUUGGACCUAGACAACUGCGACCGGUGUUUAGUAUUCUCCUGUUUGUUCUGGCUGUGCUCGUUCCAGUAUCCAGCAGAUGUGGUCUGGGGAUGAUAGCCAAUAGGAGGGGUGAGAGUUGCGUGACCAUGUUUGCAUUUAAAAUCUAACUUGUUCUGUAGAGUUGCUAUUGCUGCUUUAAAUUACAUGGAUGUGUCAAUCUAAUAAUGUCGUAUUUACAUUUCUAUAAAAAUAUGGACAUCACUGCAUCACUUGCACCUUUUUGAGCAAUAUGACUUCAAAAGAAACUGCUACCAUUACCUCAAAAAUGUUGUUUUUUCUUCCACUUCAGCAGUGCUUCCCUCACCUUUUUUCUCCCUGGUAAAAAGCUCCUGAAGGACAUUUUAGGAGUCCUCAGAUUGGUUUAAAGAUAUUUGAAGUUGCAUUAAAAACAUCAGACCAGGGUUAAUAGGUUUAUAUGAGAGUGGAGGGCUGUGUAAUCCCACAUCUGUUCUGAUGUCUGAAUGAAAAAGGACAGAUUGUAUAUUUGUUUAUUGUAAUUAUUAGUGUCAUAAAGAUAAACAUUGGUGCACAAGAUGCUAAAUUUUUGCCAUUGGAGUAAUUUAAAUAAAUUAUCUUACAUUCACUUUCAUCUUUAGCAUCGAAAUUAGGAUUUUUAAAAAUCUGUUCCAGUGCUUUGAACAAAGGAGAUGAGUGCUCAACUGACUAAGGAAGUGUGGCACCUUUAAAAGAACCAGGAAAGGAGGAUGUAUCUAGUGGGAUAAUUGUUCCGUCACAGCUGUUUCCACAACAUAAAAGUGUGUGGAUGAAUUUCAGCUUUAAAAGCUGGUGGUCUCAUUCCUUGUGCUUUUUAGAAGCAAACACUAUAUUUAAAGGUGCAAUAAGUUUGAUUUUUACAGUAAAAUUAACACAAUUGUUUUAAUGGCUCAGUCAUGUUUUAACCCUCCCACUGUCUUUAUGGGUGACCCCACGAAGAAAGUUGACCAAUUCUCACCCCUGCCACAUGGACCCGAGGGAUAAACCAUCAAACCUGCUCAAUUAUCAACUUUCCUCGCUGGGUCACACCCAUUAGGACAGUGGGAGGGUUAAAGGAAUAAGGAACAUCCAAAGAUAUAUGAACUGCAGUACCCAAUUUUGACCACCAGUGUGUCAUCCUUCAUGCACCUUUAAAUAAGAAAGAUUCUAAUCUAAACCAGUGUGAAGAAUUAUUCAGCUAAUUUCUAACAUGCGUAUAAACUUGCAUGUUUUAAAAGUGCCCUAUUUGUGACGCAAAGAUUACCUUUUACUGUAUUUAGGCACUGCUACGCUCGGCCCGUCGAUCCCCAGAUUGCGUCGCUGCUACAAAUUAAAACAACCUUUGCUACAUUUUCAGAUCUUUUGAAAACCCUUUAACUCUCGGUGUCCAUUUAAACUACUCACCUUGAUGUAACCUGCCAUUGCUGAAUCUCAAAUGUGUGUCACAACAACAAUGUUCUGUAUGUGCUUCGAUACUUGAACCACUGAAAUACACAGGGUAAAAACUACAUACAGAACAAGCUGACCAAAGCUACCACAUCCGGAUAACAGCGUUAUCCUUCGAACAUCGGCGUUUCAGUUCUUCCGCAAAACGGUCUUCAUUCUCCGUCUUUGGUCAUUUAGAUGUUCCUGUAGAGAAAGUAAACAGUGCUUCUUUAUUUCUUGGUGUUUUUCAGAUUUAUGAUGUUACUUCCAUGUACAGACGCUCACAGACUCAUUCUGUUCAGUUUAGAUCAAAGACUAAAACUUGAUUGUGGCUGCGUUGGCGUUUGACUGGUUCUCACUCAGCCCUUGUUUUUUGUGAUAUUCAGAUUAUAAUGAGGCUUAUCCAUUGGUUUACUGUGUAAGCGGCAAAACUAGAAUAGGAAUGACGUGUGCUCCCAUUUUUAUUUAUUUGUUUUCCUUUUUUUUUCAUUCUCAGCUUCAGAACUUUUUGGAGAUUUUUUUUUUAUCUCAACCUUUGCAGACGGUGUGUUUUUUAGGGUCUUUAUUAGUGUAAAGAACCUGACUGAAACCCUUAAUGUCAAAACAAGAAUCAGAAUAGUUCCAUUUGCCUUUUUGGCCGCUUAAAAAGUCAUUUUUGCUUUUUUUUUUCUCAGACACAAGAGUUUCGAGUGAAACAAAAGGUAAAAAACAUAUACAUAUAUAAUUUGUGCAAUUCAAACAAAGCUUUUUAAAAUUGUAUUUUAUUUCAAAUGUGCAGAACUGAUGUGUGUUGCAUUUUUAGUUAAUAGAAGGAUUUAGUUUAGCUUAGUGCAAAGUAGUAGAAAGGUUGGCUUUUGGGUCAGCUGUAAAAAAUAAAAUACUCAUAAAGAAGAUGAAGUAUAUAUUUUUUACAAUUGACAAGUGGAAAUACAAUUUGGUUUUAGUUUAUCUGAAAUACGAUGAGUUCACUCAACCACAUGCAGGAUUGAGAUUACAUAAAAUACUGAGGGAUUUUACAUCUCUGUUUGUGCUAGAAUCAUACUGAAGACUAAAGUAAGCUGAGCUGGUUGUACAUUAUUUACCAUUUUGUUGCCAUUUAAUUGACUGGUAAAAAAAGCAUCCUUUUCUAUUAAAGCUCUGCUCAUUUCCCUUUCCUUUUACUCUUUGUGUCUAGUUGUUUUAGCACAACGUUUUUGUGUAUUUCCUUUGUGAUAAAGAAAAAGUAAACUGCAGCUCAAACAGUGUCUUAAGACUAGUUACAGCCAUGAGUCGAUCUAUAGUUUUGAAUGUUAAAAUGGUAAAAAUAACCAGGCUUACAACUUGCUACACAUGACUUUAGCCAGGUUGGCCACUGUAUUUACGUCCAAAUCAAAACUAUUUAUAAUUAAGGGGGUCAGUACCUCCUCAGAGACAUCAUCUGAGAUGUUAUUGUGAAUGAUUUCAAUCUUUAGACAUAUUUAUGAAAUAGAUGUUAGUUUUUCAACAAAAGAAGUUAUUACAGUUCUUUUUGUAAUUUUUAGAAUUUUUUUUGUUGCACAUUUUUCAAAGCCAUUUGUUUAAGUUCUGAGUUUACGCGAAAUCUUUCCUGAACCGCCCCACACGUCACCACGCUAACACUUGUUCUGACCCCCAAAAGCAACACACCUGGGUUUCUCAUCCCCUCAGUUCCAGCUCUCCAGCUUCUUUGCCGACUGAGUUCACUUUAAUAAAAAAAAAGUCCAUUUCAGAGGAGGAACAGGAUAUAACACACCUCUUGCAGAUUAAAGAGAAGAUACGCAGUUGGGAAAAAAAAACUACUUUAGAGUUUUAAUACUUUAUGAAUUAUGGUACAUUUUUAAGAGUUUCAGACUUGAAGCUAAUGUGACAGGUUUUGGCUGUUUCAUGCCGUGUAAAUAUUCUGCUCUUUCGUAUUUUGCAGAUUUAUUACUUGUAAAUAGACACGCAUCAAGCAGAGAUUAAACAUGUUUUUUGCUAAA